CUGUCACCAAUACUGUCGCAUGAGAACCAUCCGCACCAUAGACGGACUAUAUAUAUAUAUGUAUAUAUUUUUGCUUAAAGUUAUCAUACACAUUUUUAUUAAUUGAAUCAACACUACAGUUAAUGCAAUGAAUAUAUAUUACAUUGUCAGUCUAUCAUAAUUAAAGUGUCUUUUUCAGUUUCUAAAGCCAUCAAUGAGGAGGUGACAUCAUGGGUAAGACUAAUUCGUAUGAAGACUUCUCUGUUCAGGUGUUCCGAUUUGCUAUUUAUAUAUCUCUGUUAAGUGCUGAAGAGACAGCAAAAGAGAAACAGUUGAUUGUGGUUCAGUGUUUGGUAAAAUUAAAGGGCAAGAGAAUGUUGGGUCCAAACUGCCUCACAAAUCCUCCAGUCUCCAAUGCAAGCGCUGGAAUAGGCCAUGUUGCGAACUUUGGUGGCCUCAAUACCUAUGUCACCGGCUCUCCUUUCGCCUUGCUUUCCAUCAUUCUUAUAUCUGACGUCUUUGGAUUUGAAGCACCUAAUUUGAGGACGUUAGCAGACAAGUCUGCAGCUGCUGGAUUUUUCGUGGCGGUUCCUGACUUCUUCCAUGGAGAUCCCUAUGUGAGUGAUAAUCCUUAUAAUAGGACAAUUGAUGAUUGGCUUAAAGAUCACGAUCCGAUUAAGGGAUCUGCUCAAGCAAAAGCAUUUAUUGAUGCAUUGAAAGAGAAAGGUGUUUCCAAAAUAGGGGCUGCUGGCUUCUGUUGGGGCGGGAAGGUUGCGGUUGAACUUUCAAAGACUGACUAUAUACAAGCUUCUGUGCUACUACAUCCUGCGUUUACCACUGUGGAUGAUUUCAAGGAUGUUAAGGUUCCAAUUUCAAUACUUGGAGCCGAGUUUGAUGAACUGACGCCACCAAAAGCCGUGAAACAAUAUGAAGAGGUUUUAGCUACAAAAUCUGAUCAUGUUGAUUAUUUCGUUAAGGUGUUCCGAAAUGUUUCUCAUGGCUGGACCACGAGAUAUAAUAAUAGUGAUCCAGUGGCUGUGGAGAAAGCAAAUGAGGCUCAUGAGUACAUGUUGAAGUGGUUUGUUCAGCAUCUUAAGUGAGAAGAUUUUACAGUGAAAGUACUUCAAAGUUACCUAAAGAUUUCAGCAGUGUGAAACUAUACAAUUCCAUUUUGUUUUUUGUUUUUUGUUUUUGUACGUUUUGAAUAAAACUUGGAUUUUUGUGUACCAUAAUAUAUAUGUAUUCAAUUUUAUAAAGGAUGUUCGAACU